AUGGGACGGUCUACAUGUUACGAUAAGGUGGGGUUGAAGAAAGGGCUAUGGACUCCAGAAGAAGAUCAGAAGCUCUCAGCUUACAUUGAACUACAUGGCCAUGGAAGCUGGCGUGCUUUGCCUGCAAAAGCUGUGCUUCAAAGAUAUGGUAAGAGUUGCAGACUCAGGUGGAUUAAUUACUUGAGUCCCGAUAUCAAAAGAGGAAAGUUCAGUUUCCAGGAAGAACAAACCAUCAUUCAACUCCAUGCGCUUCUCGGAAACAGGUGGUCGGUUAUUGCAGCUCAUUUACCGAAAAGAACAGACAACGAGAUCAAGAACUACUGGAAUUCGCAUCUGACGAAAAGAUUGAGCAAAAUGGGGAUCGAUCCGAUCACCCACAAGCCUAAAAUCGAUACCCUCGAGUCCGCAAGCAGUAACCCCAAGGAUGCAGCUUACCUCAACCAUAUGGCUCAAUGGGAGAGGGCUCGGAUAGAAGCCGAAGCUAGGUUUGUUCGAGAGUCAAAACUCAUGUCGAACCCUCAUCAAAACCUGCAGAUAGCCGCCGGUUCCUCCUCUUCCUCGGUUAUGGCACCACCGUUAACUAGGCCACAAUGCCUUGACGUGCUCAAAGCUUGGCAAGGCGUUGUCACCGGAUUGUUCACUUGCAAUACCGACAACCUUCAGUGUCCGACAUCAACUUUGAACUACAUGGAAAACAUGUUACCUAAUGGAUUAAUCAACGACAACUUUGUCGGGAACUCAUCGGUUCCUUGUGAAGGUGCGAUCGGAUACGAUAGCAAAAAUGAUUGGAAUAAUGAGGAAAGAUUAUUGGAUACCACCAUGGAGUUGCAUGAAAUGGCUGCAUGGUUUUAUCAAGAUUCAUACAUAGAACAACUUCACAUGAAUAAGGAAGGUAAUGAUUAUUCAGAUAUAAUGGUUUGGGAUUUUGGUAAUGAUUAUCAGCAGAAUUCGUCAAUGGUGGCACCUACUGAGAACUUGAAUGAAAAAGACUACGGUGGUGGUGAUAGCAGUUACGAGGAGAUCAUGAAUUACUGGAAUAAUAUCCUUAAUUUCGCUGAUGCUAAUCUAUCUCCUUCUAUUCAAUGA